UAUCAUGUCAGCUGAUUUUUGUGUUAACCUCAUUAAUUGCAGAAACUGAACAAAAAUCAUCAAUAUUGUAAAAGCUAAGUGACAAAUUAUAAAGUGCAAACCCUGUAAUUUUCUUUUAAACUUAAAAUAAAUUAUUGUUAUGGAUAUAGCAACACCUGGAGCUGAGGGCCCACAGGAUGAUACUUUAAAAUAUGGAUGUCCACAUUACAGAAGAAAAUGUAAAUUUGUUAGUCCUUGUUGUAAUAAAAUUUAUACAUGCAGAUUCUGUCAUGAUGAACAGGAGGAUCAUAAACUAAUCAGAAAGGCAAUCAAUGAACUUAUGUGUGCAUUGUGUGACACAAGACAACCUGUGCAAGCAAACUGUCAAAGUUGUGGCAUAUUAUUUGGAAAGUAUUCCUGUCUAGAAUGUAAUUUAUUCGAUGAUGAAGACAAAAAUCAAUUCCACUGUGCCGGCUGUGAAAUUUGCCGGGUCGGUGGAGCUGAUAGAUUUUUCCAUUGCGACACGUGCAACAUAUGUCUUCCUUUGCAGCUGAAAAACAACGGUCACAAGUGCGUAGAAAACGUAUCUCGCGCAAACUGCCCGGUUUGCCUUGAAGACAUUCACACUUCAAGGAUACCGUGCCACAUACCGCUAUGCGGACAUCUUUUGCACCGUACAUGCUUCGAGCAGCUAGUGCGCAGUAAUCAUUUUUCUUGCCCUAUCUGUCAGAAGUCGCUAAUGAAUAUGGAUCAGAUAUGGAAGCUCAGAGACACGGAAAUGGCAAAUACACCCAUGCCUCCAGAGUACAGUAAUUAUUUCAUGGAAAUUCAGUGCAAGGAUUGCCACAAGAAAGGGGUGGUAAAAUUUCACAUCGUAGGGUUGAAGUGUACCCAUUGCGGUUCUUAUAACACGUAUAAAUUAAAGGGACCUUUAAUUAUCGAAGGUUUAGAAGGAAACGCGGAAAACACAAAUUUAAACGAAAAUUCUGGGGAGAGGAGUAACUAAAUGAGGAGUAAGCUGAGAUUAAUUAAUGAUUCCUUUGUAAUAAUUUUACUUGAAGCCUGAACAGCCGAUUUGAGCAUCGGCGAAUAUUUUGUGAUCUGUUAAAUUUAAUGACGGAUAAUUAAUUUUAUUUGUUGUUUUUAAAAUGUAUUUAAAUAUUAUAUUUAAGUAAAUAUUGGAUUUUAUUUUAAUCAUGUAUCGUAAAAUUCGAAUCAGUUUAUUAAGGAACAGGACAGAGUUUGAUUCAAACGACUUUUUUAUUUUAACAUACAUAAUUUUUUGAUGUAUUUACUCUAUUUUUUUUUUGUCAUCACUUAGAGUAGCUAAUAAACCCACUUUUCAUAGUAUUAACUGUAUUGAUAGAAUAUUUUGUGAGUAUUCUUCCAAAAUUUAGAAUUUGUAGACAGUUGGAGCAAUUUUUUAUUUAGCUUACAC